AUGAAUGCAAACAUUUCCGUAGGAGAUCACCGAGAUCUCCUAGAUAUCAUCGAUAAGCUUCGCUUGCAGGGAGUCAGUCACUACAUUGACCUUCCCGAAAUUAUUGUCUGUGGAGAUCAGUCUGCGGGGAAGAGCUCUGUCCUCGAGGCCGUCUCAGGUAUGCAGUUCCCAAUCAAGGACGGCCUCUGUACGCGUUUCGCCACGGAGUUGAUUCUUCGUCGGGGCCCCAAUAUGACUACAAAUGUAUCCAUCACUCCUGGUGAAAGCCGCUUUGGCGAAGAAAAAGAACGACUUGAGAAUUGGAAACCAACGGCCAGCAUCAAUCAAGAGGGUUUGGGUGCCGUGACGAAGGAGGCAGAGGAUAUGAUGGCCAUCCCAACCGGCACAGGGGAAUUCUACGAAGACACACUUCGUGUCGAGCUCAUUGGGCCAGAACAACCACACCUAACAAUGGUGGACCUUCCUGGACUAUUCAGAGGGGGAAACAAGAAUCAAUCUGACGCCGAUAUCAGCAUCGUCCACGAUAUGGUGGAGAAGUAUAUGGCACGAGAGCGGAGUAUCAUACUCACUGUUGUGUCAGCUAAGUACGAUUAUGUUCUACAAGAAGUUACUCGGAUGGCAAAGGAAGCCGACCCGGAAGGCUUGAGGACCAUGGGCCUUAUCACAAAGCCUGAUACGUUGGAUGUUGGCUCUGAGUCUGAAAACUACUUUGUGCGCCUUGCCCGAAAUAUCGAAGAAAACCUCGACCUUGGAUGGCAUGUUUUGAAAAACCGCAGUUACGACGAGCGCGAUUUCACAUUGGCAGAGAGGAACAAGAAAGAGAAAGAGUUUCUUUCCCAAGGAUUAUGGAGUUCCAUUGAGUCUUCGCGCUGCGGAGUAGAGUCCUUAAAGGUCAGAUUGAGCACCGUCUUGAGAGAUCAAAUUCUUGUUCAGCUUCCGAGCCUUAUACAGGAUGUUGAAGAUGGUAUCCUCAACUGCGUUGAGUCGCUUGAACGUCUGGGCCCAGUACGAGGUACCUCACAGCAGCAACGAAGCUACCUUUUGCGUGUUAGCGAAAAUUACACACUUUUGAUGAGACAGGCAGUAGAUGGUACCUACACUGAUCGCUUCUUCGGCAACCGGAACGAACGUGCUAGCUUUGCCAAGAGACUGAGAGCUGUGGUACGACUGAGACUCGAUGAAUUUGCGGAGGAAAUGCGAGUCGACGGUCAGAGUCAACACAUCAUCGAUUCAGCGAGUGGAAGUGAAGAUGAAGGCCUUGACAACUCCCACGUCGGGGUAUCAGGCAUCUCUCGGUCUGAAUUUAUUGGCAACGUUGCUCGCCGUCUCAAAUACAACAGAGGUCGCGAGCUUCCAGGUCUCUUCAAUCCUCAAAUCGUCAAUGAUCUUUUCGUCGAGCAAUGCACGCCCUGGAAAGGGAUUGUCAAGAGACUUGCUGAUGACAUGCUCGAUGCAGUGCACUUUACGACUGAAAAGGUAGUUGAGCAAAGUGCCGCAAAAGAAGUUUCUGAGGGGAUCUUGAGACUCAUUCGUAAAGAAGUAGAGGGUCUAAGAAUUAAAAUGAGCCGCGAGAUCGACAAACUGCUUGUAUCAGCUACGCAGCAUCCCAUCACUAAUAACCCGCAGCUUGUCCAGCACGUCCAGCAGACCCAGGAAGACCGCCACAAACGCACGGUUAAGUCACUGAUUACUAAGAUGUUUGGAACAAACCGUUUCGACGGCUCUGACAAGAAGAUCAGUAUAAAUCCGCUGGAACUCUUAACGGUGGCUGGGCAGGGAUUCGAGCCAAACAUGGAGCGCUUUGGAAGCGCAUUGGCAGUAGAUUACAUGAAAGCAUUUUACAAGGUUGCAGUCAACAGAUUCAUCGAUGAUGUGAGCGUCCUAGCGGUAGAAGACUGCCUCAUCAGCAAGCUUCCCUUACUUUUCACAUCAAGCAGUGUCGCUGAGAUGAGCGAUGAGAUGUUAUACCUCCUUGCGGGCGAAAAUGAGGAAAUAUCCGCCGAGAGAAAACGCCAGGAGCUGAAACAAGGGAUUCUGGAGAAAGGAUUACAGGAUCUCAAGAGCCUCUACAAACAUAGCACGGUAGCCGGUCGCAGAGAAUACCAUGGCUUAUUGCCUGAAGAUAUUGAGAAGGUAUCAGCCAUAACACAGAGCAAAUCUGAGAAAGGAUCAUCCACUACCGAUAGAGGGACUGCAGCCUCUGAAGUCUUUGUUGAGGAAGUCCCCAUCAGUCAGAAAAAACGCCCUGAACUUCAAGCAGAUCACAUUAAGUGGCCAGAUCAAGAUGACACGAAGGACUUCUGGUCACUUUCUGCGACAAGGAAGGUCGUGAAGCACACCUCAGAUGAUGACCAUAGAUGGGACUUCUGA